AUGGCGCCCUUCAGCCGCAAUCCUUCCCACAACCCCCAACCACUUCGGCCAUCUUUGGAUGCUUCCAACCCACCAGGUGUUACAAAGAACAAAAAACUACACACCGCGGAAAUGCUAACCCCAAAUUCAACCCGAACAGCCCUUCUACUAGUCGACAUCCAGCAGGGCCUGACGCAUCCAACACACUGGGGCCCCGAAAGGAGCUCACCGGACUUUGAGUCAAAUGUCAAGAGCGUGCUGAGUGCUGCGCGCUCAUAUAACCAAAAACGACCGGAGACACCAAUUCUGAUCAUUCAUGUUCACAAUCAUUCUACACGGCUUACUUCACCACUUCACCCGUCAUAUGUAUUCCCAGACUCUGGUGUAGCUGGUGUCGCACCAAUGGAAGUGGCGGCUCCUCUUCCCAACGAGCCUGUUCUGUUGAAGAGUGUCAACUCGGCAUUCAUAGGGACAAAUCUGGAAGACCGGUUGAGAGCCUUUAACACGGAGCAAUUGGUUAUUCUUGGGCUGAGCACAGAUGAGUGUGUGAGUACAACCGUGAGAAUGGCGGCGAAUCUGAAGGUUUUGGCAGAUGAUGUUCUUUGCACGCCGCAUGAGGGUAGGAUUGUGUUGUUGAGUGAUGCGACGGCUGCGUGGGCCAAAGGCGGAUUUGAUGCCACUACUGUUCAUGAGGUUCAUCUUGCGAGUUUGAAUCAUGAGUUUGCGACGGUUGAAACGACUGGUCAUGUUGUUCGGAGCAUUAUGGAAUGCGUUUAG